AUGGUACCCCCUCCUAGCUAUCCAUAUGGCAUGCCCGCGUGGUAUAACCCACAAGCCGUCUGUGCUUAUCAUUCAGGGGCCCCCGGACAUGCAACCAUUGAUUGCAAGGCUCUAAAACAUAGAAUUCAAGAUAUGGUUGAAGCCGGGGAGAUUGUAAUCCGAAAGAGGGAGGCACAAGGGCCGAAUGUAAAUAGGAACCCCUUGCCGGAACACGCUAAUACCAUUGGGGUCAUUCUGGACGACGCGGAGUACGUGGAACAAGUCAAAAAGAUGGUAAGGGAAGCUGAAGUGUUUGGGGUCACGGACCAACCAUUUGUCAUAGAAUUGCCAUUUCAAGAGGAUGAAAAGCCUUUUAUCUUGGAUCUCACGCCAGCUAAGAGGGCGGCUUUGGAGCCAAUAGUCGUCGAAUUCCCGAAGCAGGAGCCUGUCCUGAGUCUGCAACAAGUGCCAUGGAACUACGAUGAACCUGUCAUACAGAUUGGAGAAAAGUUAAUUGCGAAGGAAGAAGUGUCAGCGGUCACCAGAUCGGGGAAGGAUGCAAGUCCAUUUGAAGCUGCUAUUCCGUUUCAAGCAAGUAAUUCCGAGCCACCUGCUAAGCCAACAAUCACCGAGAAAGAAGCAUUGGAUUUUCUUAAGAGGCUCCAGAGAAGUGAAUACAAUAUAGUCGAGAAGCUAAGCAAGUCGCCCGCACAAAUAUCCAUGUUGGAUUUGCUCUUUUCAUCAGACACGCAUAGGGAUGCAUUGCUUGAAGUGUUGACUAAAGCUCGAAUCCCUAAGGACAUUUCAGUUGAUAAUUUCUCACAUGUAGUUGGGAAUGUGUUAUUCACCAAGCAAAUUGCUUUCUCAGACGAUGAAUUGCCGGCGGAAGGCAUUGGACAUAACAAGACCCUGUACAUAGUUGUGAGGUGCAACGGGAAAAUGCUGCCGAAGGUUUUGAUUAACAAUGGAUCUGCACUUAAUAUCUGUCCUUGGAGGAGCGUAGUCCGAGGUUUUGAUGGAGCACAAAGAGAGCCAAUAGGAGAAGUGGAUUUAGUCGUCGAGAUGGGGCCUGCCCAGUUUCAAAUAACCUGCCAAGUCAUGCACUUUCCUAGUGUUUACAAUGUUCUGCUUGGAAGGCCGUGGAUUCAUAAGUCUGGGGCUGUGCCUCCUUCAUUACAUCAAUUACUGAAAUUCGUAGUAAAUGACAAGCUGAUAACUAUCUUUGCCGAGGAGGAUUGCCUUGUAAUUACCGAUUCUGAGUCCAAAGAAGAGAGUAGCCGAAAUGCCACCGUGACCCCUUAUAGCACGGCUGAUAUUGUCUCCGUCAGUUGGAUAACAAAGGAGGAGCGAGCUCUAUCAAAGGCCAGUGUCAUGAUGGCUAAGGAAAUGAUCCGCGGAGGAUAUGAAUUUGACAAAGGGCUGGGACGAGACUUGCAAGGAAUUCGGAAGCCAGUGGAGAUUGUGGAGAAAAAGGAUUCAUUUGGUUUGGGUUUCCGACCGACUGCUAAAGACAUUAGAGAAAUGAAGGAACGAAAGAGAGCGGAGAAAGAAGGAAGGCAAAUGGCCCUUGACAUUCCACCCCUGCAUUAUACUUUUCCACGACCAACCGAGGUAAUCAUGUCAGAGCUUAACCCGGUCGACGAAAUUUAA